UUCGGUCGGUAACGGACGCGUAUGACGGAGAACUGCCGUUGCAUCGGUCUCACUCGGUGUUUCACAGUCCGGAUUUUAGCCACAGUGUAUUUAUGUUGGCAGUGUCUCGAGUCUGAGAAAAACCUGCCCAAUAGCAUCGUCGGUCGCUGCCCGCCAUCGCCACCAAACGCGGCUGGUUCUGCUGCGAGGGCCGUGCGAACAUACACACACGGCGUGUUUGCACUAUUCCACUCUGUUUGUUGUGUUUAGCCCGGGAGAGGACGCUGUGUGUUUCGGUGGUCUCUGACGAUUGUUGAGUCUUUGGGAUUAUAGUUCGACCUGAUUGCGAUUCACUGUUCUUAGUUGGGUGCAGCCGUUUUCGUUGGCGAUUUGGAGGUUUUGAUUGAGCUGUGGAUGUUCGACAGACCGCAACGGGUGGACGCGGAUCGUGUGUCGCAUCGUCACUGGCAAAGUUACUGUGGCUGAAGAGAUAUUGUGACAGAUCCAGACGGUGAUGUGAGAAGAGCACUAAAGAUAACCAAAUGAAUGGAUGAAAUGCAAAAAGUUUAUGUGAGUGAGAUCGCAAGAAGAUGCUGCUGUAGUGCCGAUAGAGAAGAUAAGCUCAAGCAAUAAAAGUUUGCCAGAGCAAGAAAAAAUGCACAAAGUGUGAAAAUAAUGCAAAAAGUUACAAUCAUGGUGAUCACAGCGCGCUUUGUACUGGAAAGUGGAAAAUAAAAUAGCUUCAAAGUUCCAUGCAGCACAGUCACAAACCGUACGAAAAAAAAUCUGCAGAUAAUCCAAUACCCACAGUAGUUACGUCGCUCAAUUCCUAUUUUUUUCGUUCUGCACGGUUUUGGAUUCGUUAAAAAAAAUCUCAAUAAAUGGAAGCACAUCUCCGUCACAUUAGGAAAAAGAGUUGAAGUUUUUGCAUGAAUAAAUAGUUGCGCCACUUCUAGGCAACAUUAAACCAACCAUAGUGGAGGAAACGAAGGGUGUUCCAUACUUAUUUAUUCCACCAACAAAUUAUUUAUACAGAGCAAGAGCUGCAAAAAAGUGCGUGUGUUUGGUUGUUUAAAAAUAAAGUCGUCGUUCCGACGUGUAUCGAUUGGAGAAUAUCAAUUAUAAAUUUCCUCAGACUGUAUAUGUGCGUAAGGGGAUAUCGGGCUCCAUGUGAUUCGCCGCAAAAGGGAAAAAGCACAAAAUAUUAAAUUUGCAAAAACGAGUUCGGUUGAAGUGUGGAAGUGCACAAAAAAGAGAAUGAACAACCAUCGGAAAAGUAUGUAAAUUAUUCCUUGCCGGGAAGUUUGUUUUUUGUUUUUGUUUCGAUUCCCCCACCGAGUUACACAUGCAUGAACCCGAAUCGGCAAUAACGGUGAAUUUAUGAAUCUUCGGGGAAUUCCUAUCGGAAAUUGAAUAUUUUCGCACAAAUUUGCAAGUUAUUUUCCUCCCGCUACCGGAGUCCCAGGGUGGCCAAGUGGGGCAGUGGGACCGGCGGCCGAUUGCUGAAGGGGAAUCUGGUGCCCGGGCAGUACGGCAGCAGCAGCAACAGGGAAAUUCCCUCGUCAGGAAGCAGCAUGAGUAUAUCGGGGCCGGCGAAACCGCUGGCAUGGGCCCUCCGAUCGGUGGCAGUGGGUUCUGCUUCCGUUUUGUUCCUACUGGUGGUUUUGUUGGAUGGAGUGCGAUGCGACUAUGAGAAUACCUGGAACUUUUACUACGAACAGCCGUGCUGCGGUGGGAACAGUAAUGGACAGCACCAUCUGCGUCACCACAGGGAUCAUGUGCGGGAGUUCCAGUGUGGGAAGUUCUACUAUCGAACGUUCUACCUGGACGAGGAGCGGGACUCUCUCUACGUGGGUGCAAUGGAUCGAGUCUUCAGGGUUAACCUGAAAAAUGUCAGCAUGACGUCGUGUGAGAGGGAUGCUAUCGUGUUGGAUCCUUCCAGUUCAGACAUUCGAAAUUGUGUGUCAAAAGGCAAAAGCGAGAUGUUCGAUUGUAAAAAUCACAUACGGGUGAUACAACCGAUGGACAGCGGAAACCGAUUGUACAUCUGUGGUACCAACGCGCACAAUCCGAAAGAUGUGGUGAUCUAUUCCAACCUCACCCAUCUAUCACGGUCGGAAUUCGUGCCCGGAAUUGGGCUGGGUAUCGCCAAGUGUCCGUACGACCCGCUGGACAACUCCACCGCCAUCUACGUGCACCAGGGCAAUCCCGGAGAUUUACCCGCACUGUACUCCGGCACGAAUGCCGAAUUCACCAAAGCCGACACGGUGAUAUUCCGGACCGAUCUGUACAACAUGACAACCGGCAAGAAGGUGUUCAACUUUAAGCGCACUCUGAAAUACGACUCCAAGUGGCUUGAUAAACCCAACUUUGUCGGUUCGUUUGACAACGGCGAGUACGUGUACUUCUUCUUCCGGGAAACGGCCGUCGAGUACAUCAACUGCGGCAAGGCGGUCUACUCGAGAAUUGCACGCGUCUGCAAAAAAGACACCGGCGGCAAGAACAUUCUGAACCAAAACUGGGCCACCUAUCUGAAGGCUCGGAUCAACUGCAGCAUCUCGGGCGAGUUUCCGUUCUACUUCAACGAAAUCCAGGACGUGUACCAGCUGCCGGCCGACAAGUCCAAAUUCUACGCGACGUUUACGACGAGCACCAACGGGCUGGUGGGGUCGGCCGUCUGCAGCUUCGAUAUCGGGGAGGUGCAUGCUGCCUUUGCAGGCAAAUUCAAGGAGCAAGCUACAUCCAACUCGGCGUGGCUUCCGGUGCUGAAUUCCAAGAUUCCGGAUCCGCGACCGGGCACGUGCGUCAACGACACCUCCACCCUGCCAGAUUCGGUGCUGAAUUUCAUCCGCUCGCACCCACUGAUGGACAAGGCCGUUAAUCACGAACACAACAAUCCGGUUUUCUACAAGCGGGAUUUGGUCUUCACGAAGCUGGUUGUGGACAAAAUAAAAAUCGACAUACUCAAUCAGGAGUACACGGUCUAUUACAUCGGAACCAAUGCCGGCAGGAUCUAUAAGAUCGUCCACUAUUUGUCGAACGGGGAGUCGAAAUCCAAGUUGCUCGAUAUCUUCGAAAUAGCCCAGAACGAAGCCAUCCAGGUGAUGGAGAUUAGUCAGACGCGGAAGUCACUGUACGUGGCAACCGAUUAUCGGGUGAAGCAAAUCGAUUUGGCCAUGUGCAACCGACGGUACGACAGUUGCUAUCGGUGCGUGAAGGAUCCGUACUGCGGCUGGGAUAAGGACUCCAGCACGUGUAAGCCGUACGAGCUUGGACUGCUUCAGGAUGUGGGCAACGAAACGUACGACAUUUGUGACACCAGCGUACUGAAGAAGAAAAUCAUCGUUACUUACGGCCAAAGUGUCCACCUGGGCUGUUUCGUUAAAGUCCCGGAGAUACUGAAGGACCAAUCGGUCACCUGGUACCAUCACUCGAAAGAAAAGGGACGCUACGAGAUCAAAUACAACCCCACCAAGUACAUUGAAACCACCGAACGAGGAUUGGUAGUGAUUUCGGUCAACGAAGCCGACGGAGGGCGAUACGAUUGCCAUCUCGGCGGGUCACUGCUCUGCAGUUACAACAUCACGGUGGACGCUCACAGAUGUACUCCACCGAAUAAGAGCAAUGACUAUCAGAAAAUAUAUUCCGACUGGUGCCACGAGUUCGAGAAGUACAAAUCGGCCAUGAAGACCUGGGAGAAGAAACAAGCACAAUGUUCAUCCAAGCAAAACUAUAGCAAUCAGCAUCCUAACGAUGUUUUCCAACGCAAUCCCAACGUCUGAUAUCAAGGACCAAACUUUGUCACUUCAACAUCGAAUAGCUUGUCCACUACCUUUGGUAGGGUACUACAAUCAACUAAAUGAACUGUGAUACCCUUAAUGAUCCAACAAUAAGAAAAUGAAAGAAAAGCAAACAAAAAAAAAGUGUAAUGAAACGCUGUAUAGUGUGAGAGGAAGUGAAAAGCAAACAAAUCGAAACCAAUGUAACCCGCCACCAUUUGCCACGAGUGUUGUGACGUCCGGGACUGGGGCCAGCUCCCGGACAGUUCGUGCAAACCGGUCGGUGGACUACCUUUCGAGUGGAUCAUUUUUUUUAUUUAAUUAUUUAAAACGGAAAACAAAGUAAAACAAACUACAGCAGCAGACUUGAAAAAAAAAAACAGAAAAAAAAACUUACAUAAUUAGCCAAUUCCAACGAGCUUGCGAGAGAUCAUCAAUACCCACGAAGUAACAAUUGUAGAGGUUGUCAUUUUCCCAAAUUCCUCAUCCCCGUUCCUGUCGUUGAAGGAGGUCCAGACGAGUAUUAGUAGAGCAUCGCGUAGUUUAACAAGAACUCUGGAAACAUCCCAUCAUCCCAAAACUGUACAUAGGCACUCUGAACUCGACUACAGAACAACUUGCACCGCUAGUAUAGUAAACCGCCGAAAACUCAUUUCGUUGUUGCAAUUUAAUAGGAAGAGAUGAAGGAAUGGAUGAAUGCAGUUAGUUUAUGAUUUAACUAUUUAAUUUUGUACUAACCGGAGGUAAACCACGAAUGACGAGAACGAACCCUAGGUAAGAAGGUAGAUAACAAACUAGCAUUUUAUCAACAUUCACAAACAGGAAAAGCAAUUCAAUGCCACGGAAACGAAACUCGACGAAAGACCAACGGUUUUCCGUGAGCAUGCAAAACAAAAAUGUAACACUUAAGACAAAUCAACCCGCGAUAGCCGAAAGCCACAUCCUAUAAAGUAGUAUCAAAUCUCCCCCAUAUAUAGCCCUCAAGUUCUCAUUUCCCACUAACCGAGCAGUUUACAAAUCGAAACUCAUAACACGCUUCAGACUUCCUCCCUCCCAUCGCGCGCUGGCGGUCACCAACCGCGCUACCGAUGCAAUAUAUUCUCUCUUCAACUUCAACACACGCUAUUGAUUAUUCAGGACAUUAGCAGCCAUCAAGAGAACGAACUAAAGCAAAAAAUAAAAACGGACAGCAAAACCGCAUGAAAUAUUCGGAACGAAAUAGAAAAAGGAAAUCAAUUUUGAAUGGUGUUUUGGUUGACCGAUGCAAUACCCGCAGACAUAUCACCGAAACCGGAAGUAGCAAAUUGAAACCGACAAGCAAAACAAAACGACAGAAACGGAAACAUAAAGGUAGGUGAACGAGUUAGGAGUAGAGCACAUCAGAUCUGAGGAUGGUUCGUUGUUAUUUAGGAAUGGACGGUACAUGUAGGCAAACAGAUGAAAUUUCACCUUGAAGCUGAAGAGAGUAGAUGAAUCAUAAAAAAUGAAGAAGAAAAAAAAACGUAGCAUUGUACAUAAAGAAAAGUAUUACAUUUAGCUCUAAGUUUUUAUUAGACGGUUAAGACUGAAGAAAAUGAACAGAAGAAAACAUGUUUAAUUUGAUUUCUUAUAAAUUGCUUUUUUGUACGUGAAUCUAUAAUGACAAUAAUUGUCACCAAAUAAAAAAUUAAAGACAAAA